UGCAGGUGAAGACAAACCUGCCUGAAAAUCAUCUGCACAGAGAUGGGUGGAGACACUGCAGAGUGAGUUAAAUACUGUGACUAACACCCGAGAUCUACAAACUGUAAGUAACCGUGAAGACCGUCUCCAGUAGCACAGCAAAGCGUUUUUGUUUCUGGUUUGAACUUUCCAGCCAAGUAAACAUGUCCAUGUUCAAGAAAUUCUUCAACAAUGUCGUCCAUGACAGAGACCCCAAAGACGACCCUGCCACAGCGAAGGGUAAGCCGAAACCUAAGUAUUAUGGAACAGUCAACCCGUAUCCGAACUUCAGUGCCAGCAAUGAUUCUUCCCUUCUUCAAAGCGGCAUUAAAAGUAAAGGAGUGGACGAGGAUGUGAUCAUUUCAAUCCUGGUGAAGAGAAGCAACGAGCAGAGACAGAAAAUCAAAGCAGUUUAUGAAGCGUCCACUGGGGCGAAGCUGGAUAAAGCUCUGAAGUCGGCUCUCAGGUCAGAUUUAGAGGAGGUCUGUCUGGCUCUGCUUAUGACACCCGCUCACUUUGAUGCCUACCAGCUCAGGAAGGCCACAAAGGGUCUGGGCACAGAUGACAAAGUCCUGGUUGAGAUUCUGGCAACAAGAUCAAACCAAGAGAUUCGAGAGAUCAAGAGGGUCUUCAAAGAAGAGUACAAAACAGAGCUGGAGGACGUUAUUAUGAAUGAGACCAGCGGUGACUUCACCAUGGCCCUCCUGGCCAUGUUGAAAGCUAACAAAGAUGAGAGCACUGAGGUCGACAUGGCUAUGGCCAAAAGGGACGCAGAGAUUCUGUUUGAGGCAGGUGAGAAUACCAAAGGAGUCAAAGUUUCUGCUUUCAUCGACAUCCUCACCACGCGGAGCGGCCUGCAGCUCUCUAAGACAUUCCAGCAAUAUGCCUCCGUCAGUGACAUCACAUUACCUAAAGCCCUGGAAAUGGAGCUGAGCGGAGACAUUGAAGACUGCCUCCUUGACAUUGUGAAAUGUGCCUGGAACAUGCCGGCUUUCUUCGCUGAGAAGCUCCAUCUGGCUAUGAAGGGCCCCGGCACACAUGAGAAGGCACUGAUCAGGGUGCUGGUGAGCCGCUCUGAGGUCGACCUGAAGAAGAUCGUGGAGGAAUACAAGGCCAUGUAUAACAUUAGCCUGCAGGAGGACAUACUGAAAGACACCAAGGGACAUUUUCGGGAUGUCCUGCUUGCACUGUGUGGAGCUCAGUGAAAUUCUGUUGUAAGCACUUUAGUGGAAAUCAAGGCCACAGAAAUUUCACAUCUUUCAAAUUUUAUCACGCAUAACGUGACAAAUCCGAGUUGAUGUUAUCCCAUCAGCAAUAAUAACCAUCCCCUUUCUUUCUGUUGUCUGGUGUUUCUCUUUUUGCUUUCAUGUGUUGUUUUUCUUUUUAUAUUUUACAAUCAAUCCACCUGCAGGCUACGUCUGUCUACUUGCGUAUUGAGUUGUAAUUCACAACAUGGUUUAUUAUCAUAAGUUAGAAAAAGAUGUGCAAGGGGAGGAAGAGGAGGAAGAUGGAGCAGGAAAAAAGUCAAACUUGAACGUUUGGAUGGAAAAUCACAAACAAGCGGGACAGCAGGAAAUUUAUUUAAUUUGAAAUAAAUGCAACAACAUAUCCCCUGAGUCUUUGACACAGAACCACUGUCAAAGCCUCUUGGGAGCUGUAGUUGUUUAAUGUUAACCAAAUAAAAAAUUAAAUAAAAUGGUCUUGGUUAUUUUUGUUUAACAUGAGGUGUUCAAAUUAUACUGUCCAAUACACUAGUAGAUAGUUUGGAAGCCCAUUUCCAUCAGGAAAUGACCAUUUCCAAGGGAUCAAUAAAAAUGAAAAUACUCGAGGAAAGUCAGCAUUGUGAGAUACUUGUAAAAAUGUUUGAGUCUGAAUUAUGAGAUAGUCUGGACUUUUUAAGUUAAGUCAUACCCAUAAAAGCUACAAAUUCAUAUAUUGCAAGUAAAAAUUAUGAAAUAUGAAGUCAAAUGUGAUUUAUUAAAGAAAAGAUUAUGAGAUACGUCAUAGUUUUGAGAGAAUAAAAAUAUUAGACAAUAUGGGUUGAAAUUUAGACUUAAGACAAAAUUAUGAGAUAGCAAGUAAAUAUUUUGAUAUUUUAAGUCGAAAUCGUGACUUAAGUGUCUUAUAAUGUGGAUUUUGUGUCUAAUUUUCUUGUUAUAGCUGUAUCGCACGUGCAUAGGUCUACAGCUGCUUUUAUCUGGAUCAACGUGCAAAUUUAUAUAAUAAAUAUAAUUUUAUAUCCAUGGUAAUAGCA